AUGCACCCUAAUCAGUGUUCUGUCGUCCUAGUUACGGGCGACACCAAUCGAUCCCAAGACACUGUGUCGAUGUGUAAGGCGAUCUACAAUGAAGUUCAAGUGGCAUCUGAUGGCAAUGAUGCUUUGAAAAUGUUACGCAACCAUCCACACUUGAAUGCUCGAACCACCUUGCUCAUCAUCGAUGUUGAUACCCACGACCGGAAGAUUAACGAUCAACAACAUUGCGCACAGCUUCUUCAAAAGAUUAAAAGACAACUAAAAAACCGAACGUUACACGAUGUCAUUCCCAUAGUAUGUUCCUGUAGAGAUGCUCCCGAUUUUAUGAUUGAAUGCAUAGACAAUGGGGCAGCCGAUUUUAUUGUAAAGCCAAUACGACAAGAGGUGGUCAAAUCAUUAUUUUUGAAUGCAUACCGGUACCAGGUUGAUCUCCCAGCACCAAUGACACGAUACGUUCACCACAACCAACGUUCUCCGCUACAGACGUCAGACUCAUCUUCAACCAAUGGAUACCUUGAUGGCCAAGUCUGGGCUCAUUUUCAAGAUAGGCUUAAGAGCGUCUUUCUCAAUGAAAGCUGGUUGCUGCAAACGGUGUAUAAUUAUUAUUGUCAUCAUGGCUGUAUGCCACACACAAACAUUUUGCCCAUGUCGAGAGACAAAACCAAUGAGCUUCAGCGCCAAGUAUGCAGCUGGGACUUUUUAUCGUUGGAUCUUAGCAUCGACGACCUCGUGGCAGUCGUAUGUGUGAUUCUCAAGCAGGUUUUGGAGCUACCCGAACUUGUCGAAUAUCGAGUUUCCGACGACGACAUGUUGACGUUUGUCUUUGACGUGUGUAACUCGUACCACCAAGAAAAUCCUUAUCACAACUUUCGUCAUGCCGUUGACGUCUUGCAAUCAACCUACUUCUUUUUAUGCAAGAGUGGUGUAAUUGAUCCAUUUUUUGAUUCUGAUCCAACAUUGCAACGACCCGAUAAUGCACCUGGUCUUCAAACUUUGCUUCGUCCUUUGGAUGUGUUUGCUAUCCUGCUGGCUAGCCUUGGUCACGAUAUCGGUCAUCCUGGUGUCACCAAUACGUUUAUGGUCCAAUCAUCAACGCCUUUGGCAGUGUUGUACAAUGACCGAUCAGUCCUUGAAAGCUUCCAUUCAAUGGCAUUUUUCCAUAUCUUGAGCAAUAGCUGUUUUCGCAAGCUGACGGAAAUCAAAGAUCGCCCUGAUCAUGCAUAUUUCCGCAAGGUUGUUAUUCAUAGCAUACUGGCAACCGAUAUGAGUAUGCACGAUGAAUACGUACGACGUGUAGAAGAGCAAGCUGAAGCAUGGAAAAAUGAUGAUAUCGAUAUCAGCAAUAAGGAAGUUUGUGAUCGAGAACGAUUGACAUUAUGUGGUGCAUUGAUCAAAUGUGCUGAUAUUGGCAAUUGUGCUCGGCCAUUUGAAGUUGCCAAAAGCUGGGCUGAAGUACUCGCUGAGGAAUUCGCACAACAAGGUGACCUCGAAAAUGAAUUAGGCCUUGAAGGAUUGCCAAUCAAUCAACGUGGCAAGGUAACCUUGGAGCAAUUCCAGCUGACGUUUAAGCGCAACAUCGCCAUCAAGCUUUACAAAGCCGUUGCUCAAGUAGCACCAGGUAUGCGGUUCUGUACCCGGUUUAUUGAAGAGAAUAUCAUAAAAUGGGAAGAACGUGAAUCGAGCUGUAACCAUGACUCGGGUGUUACGGUUCACGUGGAGGAUGGAAAUGAGGAUGACGAUCGUGAACAAGACACACGCUUGGAACAAGAUGAAGGCUCGUCACAUUUACAUACACCUACGAGAAGAAGGUCCAGUGGUAGUUUGCCAUAUGAAAUAAGAUCACCCGAUGUGCGAAGAGAUCAAGGUUCAGGAAAGGGAACAAAAAGCGUCCUCCCAUAUGAAGUAUCACCUGAGGUACAAAGUGAUCAAGGAGUCCAAAGCGAACAAGAAGGUCCAACGGCUGCUAACAGCAUGCAAAACACUGCGAGACGCAAAUCGGACGUGUUUAGCUUGGUAUCAUCCGAUAGUGCUCCUCAACCAUGGCCUAGAAGACAACGCAAAAAGGUCCGACAAGAUUCUCAUUCCACAUCGUGUCAAUGUUUGCUCCAAUGA